AUGGAUCACGUUGCCACCCUUGCCCUUCCUGUCCUUCUCGCAAUAACCGUCAUAUGCGUCCAAGAGGCGUGGAGGAUGCGUAACGUGCUGAGAGGCUACAAACGAUUGACGCUACAGGGCGCCUCCAAUAUGACCGACGAAUACCAUGAGAGAUACACUCGACCCCCGGGUACCCCCUCUGAUUCGCAGUGGAAAGUCAAGGCUUUGUUUGUGCACCCUAUCAAGUCCUGCGCGCCGGUCGAAUUGGAUGGGGCAGACGUCGACAGUGCAGGCUUUACCUGGGAUAGGAAAUUCGCAUUUGCUGAAUUAGUCAAACCUCAAACACGACUGGAUGCUUCCGAAGAAGAAAAGAAACCGAGAUGGACCUUUAGGACGCAACGUCAGCCUGGCUUCGAGAAGCUUGUCCGCGUGAGACCAGAGAUCUGGCUACCAGAUACAGCUGCUGCCAAAUCGGGACAUUCGGACGGGGGAUUCAUGGUUGUGAAAUAUCCCCGUUCUCCUUCUGGCCCAUUUGCUGGGCUGAUAAAGCUUCUUGUUUGGGUGGGAAUCAUGUCUCAGGAGAAAUCGUUCCAAGUACCUCUGGUUCCUCCUAACAACCAUAAAUACCCCUCGGAGCAGGUAACCAUCUGGCGGGAUUCCCCUAAGUGGCUCAAUUAUGGCGUGCAUGUCCCAAACGAUUUUCGCGCCUACAUUGGCGUGACCAAUCCUCUGACAUUGUUCAGAGUCGAUCCAAAGAGCUACCGUGAGGUGCAUCGUUGCGCUCCAAGAAAAGAAGAAUUGGGUUAUCAGUCUGUGGUUGGGUUUGCUGAUGCGUACCCGGUGCACCUUCUGAAUAUUGCUUCAGUCCGAGAUGUGGCUGAAAGAGUCAAGAAGGAUAUCCCACGUUUUUCGGCGAGAAGAUUUCGUGCCAACAUUGUGGUUUCUGGUCCCAGCGCCUACGAUGAGGAUGACUGGAAGAAGAUCAAGAUAGGGAAUCAUGUCUUCUUCUGUGCCUGUCACACCGUCCGAUGCAGGUUACCGAACGUCGAUCCUGAUACCGCGGAACGACAUGCAGUCGAGCCGGACAGAACACUGAAGUCAUUUCGAUGUAUCGACGACGGCGAUCCUCGCAACGCUUGUUUGGGGUUGCAGUUGGUGCCGGCAGAAUCUGAUGUUUUCCAAAUUCAAGCUGGAGAUGAGAUCCAGGUCAUGGAAAGAGGUGAACAUCAUUACAUCAAACAGUGA